AUGUUCUGUGGAGCAGGUUUGUGUCUGCGCCACACGCGGCUGCUGCAGAGACACUGCGAACUGACAAAGGUGAAGAUGGAGGUGGUCUCUGGAGAGGCCCAGACGCUGCAGGUGUCCUUCCCCGCCGUCAGGGCCUCGGUGCUGGACAGUCUGAACCGUCAGCGGGAGGAGGGGCAGCUGUGUGACCUGUCCAUCCACGUCCAGGGACAGGUGUACCGGGCCCACCGCUGUGUCCUCGCCGCCUCCUCACCGUACUUUCACGACCAGGUCUUGCUGAAGAACGUCACGGCGGUCUCGUUGCCGUCGGUGAUGGAUCCCGUGGCCUUCGAGAGCGUCCUGAGCUCCGCCUACACGGGGCAGCUCACCAUAGUCCAGGACGACAUCGUGAACUACGUGACGGUGGCCAGUUUUCUGCAGAUGUGGCACAUUGUCGACAGAUGCACCGAGAUUCUGAAAAGGUCCCGCCCUUCCUCAGACGUGCCUCCGGGGGGCGCCGUCUCCCGCCAGCAGUCUCCCAGCAGCACAGACUGUUUGUACUCAGAGCGAGAGGGGAGGAAGAAGGAGAGACAGCCCGACGCACUCCCUCCUCUGGCCACAUGGAGGCGACCACAGCAGUUUCUGAGGUGGGGACGUCCAAAGUCUUCGGCGGGACAACAGACGGCGGACUCUCAGCUCGAUGAUAAACCCGUUUACAUCGACAGCAGCGAUUACUCCAGCUGUGAAGAGCCGUGGGUUUCGAGUCAAGUCAAAACUACUCCCAAUGUCCCGGACGAGCUCGGACACAGCAGCAAAAACCACGGGGUGCAACUGAACGAAGACGUGGGAAAGCAGAGAGUGAGACUUCAGCAGAAGAACAGAGAGAGUGAAGAGUGUGACAUCACUCCAGUCGGAAAGAGUAAUAAUGACAGAAAGGAACCGGAGGCUUUCGGAGGUGGAGAGGAGUCGAAAGUCGAGCAGUGCGACUUGGCGGCUGCUUCACCAAUGAACCGAGCCUCGAUAGUGAAGGUACAUUUGGACAGCGACGGCUCCUCGGACGCCGCCUCCUCUGUGGGCCAGAACCAGACCAACGCUCCGGGGCGAAUCCAGUGGCAGAUUCAGACUUGGUCGCAACAAACGUCUCGGUGCCAGGACGGCGACACGGGGAGAAGCCACGUAAACGCCGAGGAUGACGCCGCAGACAUGGGACAUUACGGAGAAAACAACUUCAGCCGCAAUACUUUUAACGAGAUCGAGAAGGAGAGCGGACAGAUCUCACAGCGACAGUUGGCGUCUCCCGACUUUCAUUUAACGGGAUCCGACCCCAACUGGCCUUCAACCAGCGCCGGGCAAGCUCCUUCUUUAACUCCUACAUCCUCGUCCGCCUUCCUAUCUCCUUCUUCUCCUCCCAUGCCAUCGUCCUCAUCUUCCAUACCCUUCCCCGGGGCUGCGUUCACUGGGAAGAUCCACUACUGCCACUGCGGAAAAGCCUACGCCCUGAAAAGCAUGCGCGAUCGCCACGUCAAGAUGCAGCACCUGAACCUGCGCCCGUUCGGCUGUCCGGUCUGCAACAAGUCCUUUAAGAUGAAGCACCAUCUGACCAAGCACCUGAAGACCCACGGGGGACUGCGGCCGUUCGAAUGCAGCGUCUGUGGGAAGAAGGUGAUCUGGAAAGACAGUUUUCUACGGCACCAAGCGAGAUGCCAACGCCUGGCUAACAACAGCGCGGCCGCAGAAGAAGGGAGUAACUUUGGCUUUGCGUUUGAGGACGGGGAGGGCUUCCUGGCAGCGGGCGGGCAGAUAAAAGUAGAAGAUGGAGGGUUUGAAUCUGUCGACGGGAUGGAAAGGUUACUGGUGUCGAGGAUCGUGAACGAUUUGCAGACGGAAAACGCCAGGAGCCAUGUGUUUAAAGAAGAGGCGAGCGAGGGUUUUGGCUGA